GGGUGGAGCCCAACGGAAAGGAUACAGGACGUAGGGGUGGACGCUGCGCUCCGGAGAAGAUGAGCACGUACUAAACACGCAGGGACGCGGGAAAGGAUACUCAGGGAUGGAACCAAAGAUAGGGUGGGACGAGAACAGCCCACUGAAAACCUAGAAGGGCCCCACGGUUGGGGGUAGACAAACUUCAAGUCCGCGUGGCUCCAGAAAUGUCAAGUUUAGGCAUCUCCGCCAGCCAACCGAGGAGAAUUCCGGCCACCAUUCAACGUGGAGACUAACGCAAGCGACUUACGUGCACGUAUCGCCGAAAGAGAGAAGCUGCACACGCGCAGCAUACGCUUCAGAAAAAAAGGGAAGCUGGGAACACAGACUCCCACGUCUUAUCUUACCUCGAACGAUGAUUCCAACUCGUCCACCAAGGAUCGAAGUGCCCCUCAAGGAGGGAAGUGACCUGCAGCCUCCGCUGGGCUCUUUGCCGAAGGAGAAGGCGCCGGAAAUCCAGCGACUGCAGGAUGAGUGGCAGAGCCAGAAGGCCAGAUUGCAAGCCCAAAAUGAAGAUGUGAGCACUGGAGCUGGAGCAGCCAUCUUGUACCCCGAGAUGAGGAAGAUACGCCACAAAGAGAUUGGAAAUGCAACAUCACUGCUCAUCCCCAAGUAGGACUGGGGCCAACAUCUACACUUGUUUCAUUACACGACUACAGUAUAAAUACCACCUAAUAAUUCUCAGAGUCUUAUGGGAAAAAGACCAACAACUGGCUGAUUCCCACCCCGUCUGGUCCUCAGCACUGUUGUGGAUGGGCCGUGCGUCUUUAAGACCCAAGGAUAUGACUCUCAGAAUGGAAUUUCACAGUGAGGACAGACACUGGGUGAGACACGUGGGGGCAGAGGAUCUGGUAACUUGAGAGUCAGCAGGAAGACAGAAUUAGCUUAGAACUUUCCCACUCUUUCUUAGGGUCUCCAAGGACCACUCAGAGCAGGACAUCAAGGGAUGAACAUGCCAAGACCCCUCCAUGUGUCUUUACUGUGCCAUCUCCAUUAUCUGGCCUCAGUUGGGCUCCACCCUUGACCUUCCUGACUCUGAAUAUCCAGAUCCUCAUUCAUAAAGUACUGAUUAUAAUAAGAAGCUCACAGGGUCAUAUGAAGAUCCCGUGGGAUGGGGUACGUGUGUGAAAGUUCUGUCUGAACUCUAGAGAAAUGUGUGAGUGAUACAAGCACCAUUUACUGAGCAUGAACCCUCCUUUGGGUGCUUUAUUCUGCCAUUUCUAUUCCUCACCCAACCUUGUGAGGUGCCUUUAAUUAUCCCAUUUUACCAAUGAAGGACUCAGGGGCUUCCCUGGUGGCGCAGUGGUUGAGAGUCCGCCUGCCGAUGCAGGGGACACGGGUU